GACAAAUUCUGGCAUUCGAGAUCCGCUUCUUUUCCCAACGACACACGCACACCCAACUUCGGUCUCAUAUCCGAGCGCAUUCCCCCCGUCCCGCUCUCCACACGCGAAGCCAUCGUAGACACACUGUGUCCCCAGGAAACCAGGCGCAACAAAACCGGGUUCCUAUACAAGUUCGAAAACAAAGAUUGCCUGGUACGGCUCUACCUAGGACGACGCAGCGCUUCGAGAAUGGACGCUUCAAAAAUCCGACUUCGCAACUUCCCGCUUCACGUGGAUGAAAUGGAGCGCCUGAGCCUGGACCCCAAAGUCUACACGGUUGCCAUGGCCGAGGCACUGGCGUUGCUGCACUGGAGCGCUGGCAUCGAUGCGAAUGACGUGGAAUUUGUUCUAGGCUGCCGUGCUGCAGUUGCUCAGCACGCAACCGAAGAAGAGAUUCUGAACGCUACAAAGUACACAGCGCGCCAAAUUCACGAUUUCAAUCUCGACCAGCGAGCCGAAUGCAUGUGGCUGCUCGACUUUAACGAGUGCAAGCGGUUCAAAUACGGUGAACAGGGAAUCAAGAUGCCAGUCGAUGGCCUCUGGGUCAACGACCCGUACUAUCCUCGUCCCAACGCCACAAAUAAGCAAGAUGAAAUGCUCUGGGAGCUGUUUAUGGCACGGUACCUUGAAUUGGGUAGACAGCUUGUUUCUCAUGGGGGACCGGCGGAAUUCACAAAGGCGGUUAUGGAGAGGGGCCACACGCGUUCUAGAGGUAGCAUGUUUGCGUGA